AUGGUUUAUUCUGAUUAUACAGGUUACCCUUUCCCUACUGCUCCUCCUGUGGACCCAUUCGCAAAAAUCAGAGUGGAUGACUGUGGAAAAACCAAGGGAUGCUUCAGGUAUGGUAAACCUGGAUGCAAUGCGGAGACUUGUGACUACUUUCUGAGUUACCGCAGAAUUGGAGCUGAUGUUGAAUUUGAGUUGAGUGCUGACACAGAUGGCUGGGUGGCAGUGGGAUUUUCCUCAGACAAGAAAAUGGGGGGAGAUGAUGUUAUGGCUUGUGUUCAUGAUGAUAACGGAAGAGUCCGAAUACAGCACUUCUAUAAUGUUGGUCAGUGGGCUAAAGAAAUCCAGAGAAAUCCUGCUAGAGAUGAGGAAGGGGUUUUUGAAAACAAUCGUGUCACGUGUCGAUUCAAGCGUCCUGUCUAUGUUCCCCGAGAAGAAACCAUCGUAGAUUUGCACUUGAGUUGGUACUACCUGUUUGCUUGGGGCCCAGCAAUCCAGGGUUCUAUAACUCGUCAUGAUAUCGACUCUCCACCCGUGUCAGAGCGUGUUGUCAGUAUUUACAAGUAUGAAGAUAUUUUCAUGCCUUCGGCUGCCUAUCAGACCUUCUCUUCUCCAUUCUGCUUGCUCCUCAUUGUUGCACUGACCUUCUAUUUAUUGAUGGGAACCCCAUGACUAAUGGAAAAUAGCAAGAAUUUGGCAGUGGAAGUUUCUCAGGAUGGACGGCUAUAUGGAUGGACAAUGCAUUUUUCUUUUGGAAUUUAUAUCACAUCACCAUCCUCAUCUAGCUGCUUUUGAACAUAGUUAGCUUCUCAGAAGAGUGAAAUAACCAUCUCCCUUGAGUGGCAGAGUGGUGACAAAUCAUUUAAGAAAAUCAGCGAACACACAGGAGAAUAUUUUCAGUGUUGUGAUUACUUACUUAAGGAAAAUGAGACUUUUGUAAAAUCAAUAUGUGUAUGUGUGUGUUUGUGUGUUUGGGAGGGGUGCCUGUAUGUCUG